AUGCUUGGAAUUGGUCGUCCACGUCUCAAACAUAAAAGAUCCCUUGUCGAGUUCAUCACUGGCAAGAGUAUUGACGAUCUUGCCAGUCUCUCAGACCUCAAGUAUCUCCACGUCCAGCUUGGCCUUCCUGAGCUUAUCGAAGAGGAUCUCGAGGAAGGCGAGCUUCCUGGUCCCAGCUUCAACGACAGCUCCGUUUUCGCCUUUCCUCAGCCACUUCAGACGCUACACACAAACGCUCGCACAUACAGAAGGAUGCCUGCUGCGAAGGAGCCUGCUUCAGGCGAAGACCUCCAAAAUGGAACCAUCUUCUCCGUUUCUGGGCCUGUCAUCAUCGCCGAAAACAUGAUCGGGGUCGCUAUGUAUGAGCUUUGCAAAGUCGGCUACGAUGAACUUGUCGGCGAGGUUAUUCGCAUUGAGGCCGACAAGGCCACCAUUCAGGUCUACGAAGAGACUGCUGGUGUCACCGUUGGAGACCCCGUCCUUCGAACCGGCAAGCCUCUCUCGGUUGAACUUGGUCCUGGUUUGAUGGAAACCAUCUAUGACGGUAUCCAGAGACCAUUGAAGACCAUCGCGGGCAACACCAAAAGCAUUUACAUCCCCCGCGGUAUCGCCGUUCCUUCCUUGGACAGAAAGAAGAAAUGGGACUUUACACCAACGAUGAAAGAGGGGGAUCACAUCAGCGGUGGUGAUGUCUGGGGAAAAGUCGUCGAGAACAGUCUCUUGAAUGAGCAUCGCAUUCUCAUGCCACCGAGAGCCCGAGGAAUCAUCAAGAAGAUCGCUCCAAAGGGCGAGUACACCGUUGAUGAGCCACUUCUCACGGUCGAGUUCAACGGAGAGACCAAGGAAUACCCCAUGAUGCACACCUGGCCUGUUCGUGUUCCCCGACCGGUCACUGAGCGUCUCCAAGCAGAUUCUCCCUUUAUUGUCGGCCAGAGAGUGCUUGAUGCUCUUUUUCCCUCCGUGCAAGGCGGUACCGUGUGCAUUCCUGGCGCGUUCGGCUGCGGCAAGACCGUCAUCUCUCAGUCUGUGUCGAAGUUUUCCAACAGCGAUAUCAUCGUCUACGUGGGCUGUUUCGCUGCCGGUACUCCGGUCAUGAUGGCAAACGGCACUGACAAGAACAUCGAAGAAAUCGCCGUUGGUGACUGUGUCAUGGGUAAGGAUGGUGACGGUCGUGAGGUCGUUGCUUUACCCCGCGGCACUGACACCAUGUACGAAAUCGGUGUCACGACUCAGCAUCACAAUGAGACAUAUAGAGAGGUCUUGUACACUUGCAAUGCUUCCCACCAGCUCGUUGUCUAUACACCCCAGCAUGUCCGGAUCACGGACCGUCACAUUCGUGGCCAAAGACAGACCAGCGUCACCUACUUCGACUUCCAGACCGUCACCGUUGCUACUGAAGCCGAGGGCCAUUAUCGUGUCGUUCGUCUGCUCAAACAAUGCACCAAGUCCUGGCCGCACGACCAUCAUGGUGGCCGCGAGCGCGCUCGAGGCCUCGCCGAGACUUUCGCAUCGAAUAUCCCUCGUACUGGCUUCGAUUGGACCAUUGAAGCCCGUGAUGUGGCCCUGCUCGAUGCCCAGGUUCGCGAAGCGACCCAGCAGAUGUUCAAUCCUGUUCUGCUCGAGAAUGAGACUCUCAAGACCCGCCUCGUCCACCGGGGCUUUGAUGGUAGUCUCGCUCCACAGAUGGCAUAUCUUCUCGGAUCUUGGGUCGGUGAUGGUUCCUACACAAGAUCGAUCCUGUCGAUGGAUCCCAAUGAUGAUGAAUUGGUCGAUCGAAUUACCUCCUAUGGCAAGUUGUUUGACCUGGAGACUGCCACGGUCGAAUAUCAUCAUCACCGGAACAAAGUCACCGGCGGGGAAAGGCAUGCUUUGGGUGAAAUUGACGGCAAUCGCUCUGGCCCGACCCUUUCCUCUCCCGAAGAGUCCAACGUUCCCAAGCGUACGAGACUCGAUUAUGACCAGCGUGGUGACCUGUCUGUGGAGCUUCGUGGCGGCUCUGUUCGCGGCAAGGGCAUUCACAAGAAUCAGAACGCUCACAAUCUUUUCUGGGAUAUGGUUCUUGAGACUGGAGUUCGUGGCCCAAGCAGCAAGGAAGCCAAAGCGGUCCCAAUGUAUCUUGCUUCUGAAGCCAUCGAGGUCCGUGAGCACUUCCUGGCUGGCUUGAUUGAUUCGGACGGCCAUGUCAAACUCGGCGAGGGCAGUGCGACUGUCAAGACCAUCUACCCAGCUGUGUGUGAGGGCCUUGCUCGUCUCGCUCGCUCGCUUGGUAUUCGCGUGAGCAUCAGUGUCGAAGCCGCAAAGGUCGUCAAUGGUGUCUCUCAUCAGAAGUCCUACGCGGUGUGCAUGAGUGGAACCGACCCGGUCGCUUCGGUCCUCAGCAAGUGCGCUCUUGAGAGGAAGAAACUGACCGCCGGUAAUUGUGUUCGGCGUGAGCCCCAGCCGGUCUAUUUUGAUGCCAUCAAGAAGCCGGCAGCCCCCUUCUAUGGCAUCACCUUGGCGGAUGACACGGAUCAUCAAUUUCUCCUGGGCAACAUGAUGCGUGUGCACAACUGUGGAGAACGAGGAAACGAAAUGGCCGAAGUCCUGAUGGACUUUCCGGAGCUGUCCAUCACCAUUGAGGGUAGGAAAGAGCCCAUUAUGAAGAGAACCUGCCUGAUCGCCAAUACCUCGAACAUGCCUGUUGCCGCCCGAGAGGCCUCCAUUUACACUGGUAUCACGGUCGCAGAAUACUUCCGGGAUCAAGGCAAAGCCGUUGCGAUGAUGGCUGACUCUUCUUCCCGCUGGGCUGAAGCUUUGCGAGAAAUCUCAGGUCGUCUGGGUGAAAUGCCGGCCGAUCAAGGUUUCCCUGCAUAUUUGUCUGCCAAGCUUGCUUCCUUCUACGAACGGGCAGGCGCAGCCAUCUCUCUCGGUUCUCCAGAGCGACAUGGCAGCAUUUCGAUUGUCGGAGCCGUCUCGCCACCUGGCGGUGAUUUCUCCGAUCCUGUAACCUCAGCCACUUUGGGUAUUGUGCAGGUCUUCUGGGGAUUGGACAAAAAGCUGGCACAACGAAAGCAUUUCCCUAGCAUCAACACUUCAUUGUCUUACAGCAAAUACACCAACAUUCUGGACAAAUUCUACUCCAAAGACCACGCGGAUUUCCCCAAACUCCGUGAUCGCAUCAAAGAACUACUCACCAACUCCGAAGAUCUCGACCAAGUCGUGCAACUCGUCGGUAAAUCUGCUCUUGGUGACUCGGACAAGAUCACUCUUGAUGUCGCCGCCAUGCUGAAGGAUGACUUUUUGCAGCAAAACGGCUACAGUGACUACGAUCAAUUCUGCCCUCUCUGGAAGACGGAGUACAUGAUGAAGGCAUUUAUGCAAUUCCACGAUGAAGCUCAGAGGGCCGUCUCCAGCGGUCUCAGCUGGGCUAAAGUCCGAGAAGCGACCGGUGAGAUCCAGCAUGGUCUGCGUAGCAUGAAGUUUGAGUUACCAGAUAACCAGGAGGAAGUCGCCGCCAAAUACGAUAAGUUGCUGCAGAACAUGUCGGAGAAGUUUGCCAGCGUGAGUGAUGAAUAA